AUGAUUCACCCCAAAAUGAGUUCUGUUCAAGGCUCGAGUGUGCAGAAUGUGCUAGGUAGAAAUAAAAUGAAGGUUGCCUUUGAUCAUUGUUUUACAUGUGGGGGUUUAAAUAGAGGUACAACAAAAAUUGAGAAGAAGGAAAAUACAGAAUGGAACGUGCAGAACAACGCUUACCACGUGCCAUUGAAAAAGGGAAAUCACUCUGACGAAAAUGCAAAAGUGUUCCUCCUAGUUAUGCGCCACCUAUAUAGGAGACAUGAUCAUCAGAAUUCCAUCUAUGGUCCCACGAAGAAAAUUAAUUUCUUCCGGAAUAUCAAGAGUGGAGUUCUGUUAUUACUUGUGUUGUAUAAAAAUAGGAAGAAGGCUAGCCUUGUGGCGAAUUUUGUAGUCAAUUCGGGUGCCCCGGGAGUUGUCCGCUCUCAAGGGGAAGAGACAUACGACAGAGAUGAUGCCUGUCGGGAUGGUAGGACGGGGAAGUCAACAGAGAGGGGAGGUCACGGCAGUGAGGAGAAACGUAUCUACCUCGAUGGACACUCCAGAGGAAGUAGCGCUUGUUCACCCAAAAGAAAAAAUAUGCUCUUUUUGAAAAGAACCGGAAAUAGUACCCUUCUCCCAUUGUGUAAUAAUAUCAACUGCGUAAAGGUGAAAAAAAAAAUAGGCUACCACAAGAGAACCUUUACCAAGACGCAUCUCGGAAUGCGCAAGUCAAUCAGGAGCACGAGUGUUCACAAUACCAAAACGAACAACAAAUCUACAGUCUGUCUUUUGUGCAGGCCAUGUGACUUGGGGUGCGCAGAAAAUGCCAUCCAAUGGAAUAAACGGACAAUUAGUUCCUUUUCCCUUAUUAAUGAUUUAAAUUAUUUUAAGAAAAAUGGGAAGAAGGUGUUAUGUGCCCAUAUUGAUAGGAACGAGACAAGCGUAGCAGGAGCUAACACAAACGAUCCAGUGAUCCUUUUACGUUCUCGACUUUUCCACGUCAAAGUGAAAGAUCAACAAAUAACACCUAAACGUGAUAUAUUAUUUUUCAUAACAAAGGAUUAUCAGAAUGUGCCUUUUAUUAUUUUUUUUUCGAGUUUCGGAAAGUUAAGAUGCAAUAAGAAAAUAUUUGGAACUAUAGUGAGCGAUAAAAUAAGUGACACGUGCGGUGCAGCCAACUGUUGCAGUGGUAAUGACCGCUUAGAGAGAACCCCUCCUCCUUUGUGCUGGCACGUAAUUAAUCUGUUUGGGAACAGCAGGAUACCAAUCAUUGUUUUAAUAUCCGAAGGGAUAGUCUGUGAUGUGGUUAAUUUUAUAUUCCAAGUAGCCAUCACUAGUAUAAUACGAAUAGCAGCCUUAGUGCGUGUCAUUGUAGGUUCAUUAGUUAUUGCUAUCAGAGAUGUUCUCAUGUAUGUCCAUCUUUGCGCCGAGCUGAUGACAUCGCUAUUGGCGAAGCGGCCAUCUGUAAUCAUCAGACAAAGUAUCUGCAGUGAAGUGACGAACCGAUCGCAGAAAUACAUGUCUACCGACAAAUGUAAUUUAUUAAACGUAUCACUUAAGGAUUGCACUACGGGUCAGGGAAAUUCCUGCCACAGUAGGAGCGUUUUCAGAUCAUGUUCAAGUAGUACCUUAUCCAAAAAGGAAAGUGGCAUAUGCAAGGUUGGUUAUUAUUCAAUGGAGAAUUCACCAUCUGGUAAUUUAAGAAUGGAAGAAAACAUGCCAUUGCUAGGAAUGCAUGUUUGGGAGGACCAUAAUGAUGGAGGGAAGGUUACGCAAGUUGAUAUACAAAGAGAAGGAAUUAAACAAGCAACGUGCAUAUUUUUUCCGCUUAGUAACGUAUUGAAUGUGUUUUUUGAGAGGGAACACUGCUUAAUGUUUGCGGCUUGUUACCCUUUUGCUUAUUCUGAGGGUAGAAACAAAUAUCGCAGAAGAAGACACUGCCCAUGUGGCUAUACAGCUUUGUCAUUUUUACCAUUGAUGAGAAAGUCAAAUGAUUAUUCCUUUCCAUGCAAGAAUGAAGCAAUAAGUGAAACGUGCAAUUGUUUUACUUAUCGUUUAGGCUCGGUGUGCACCCCCCAUGGGAAAUUUAUAUCCAGUCAUGAAUUUUAUCGUGUAUUAAUUUUACACAUAGCGCACGUUUGUAUAUGUGUGUUAGAUUUUAUAAAGGAGGUGGGACUCAACAUAUUGUUUACCCGCCUCAUGUUGUCCGAGUUGAUUAUUUCCCUUUUUUUUGUAAUUCAUGUGAUCUCCGUUCGUUUAUGUUCCUCCAUGAUAGCUAUUUUAAAUAAGGAAGGCGAUGCAAUGUUAAGCAUGUUUUUUUCGAACAAGAUGGCAUCAACUAGAGUGAUCACCUAUCUGGUUCCUUCCCUUUUGAUCCAUUUAUUGGAAAAAUAUUUCAAAGUAGAUUUGCAUGGAACACUUAUUUUUUACCUGAACGGUGCAGGAAUGAGCACUAUAUUUUCUUUUUCCUUGGAUGAGGAUGAAAUCAGCCAGAAGAGAGCGACCCACACGUCACGACCGAUUAUGUGUAAACGUCGAAUGGGCGAUGACCAAUCAUGGAAAUAUAGCUUCAGUACGAUGGACCCGUACGUAUGUAGCAACCAAGUGGGGGGUAGUGAAUGGGGCGGUAAUAACAACGAUUAUGGGGAUGGUGGUGGUCGUCCAACAGGGGGAAACCCCAAUGAAGGCGGUAAUUACCCACAUGAAGUUAAUAAUAACCCCAAUGGAAAUUUUAACCAAGGAGGUGAUAAAGGAGAUAGGGAUGAUGGAGAUGGCAAUGACAACAAUGAAGACCAGAGAGGAGGGUUCCCGAACGAGGACGAAGAGGAAGAUGAUAAUGUUCUGAUGGGAACUCAAAAUGGAAAGACGAAAAAGAAACGGAAAAAAAAGUUAAACGACAAAAGUAGGAAUAUUAAUAAAGCCACCAGUGGAAGGAAGGGUAGAAAAAAAAUGGACACCAUAAAUGAUACCCCGGACGAGAGUAACAUGGGUGGGGGGAAUUAUGGAAGUGUGCGGAACGUGAAGCAUUUUCAUAACCCUGGAGGGAUUAAUAGUGUUACCAGUAUGAACAACAUUGGAGGCAUGCAUAGUAAUGGCUCCUUCCUUUAUAAUAGCCACAUGCCAGAUAAAAUUAUGCAUGAUGGUAUGGGUAAGAUAAAUGUGAAGUCAGGGGGGGGGUACACUACUAGGAUGGGUAGUCAGAUGGGUAGUCAGAUGGGUAGUCAGAUGGGUGGUCAGAUGGGUAGUCAGAUGGGUGGUCAGAUGGGUAGUCAGAUGGGUGGUCAGAUGGGUGGUCAGAUGAGUGGUCCCAUGGGUGAUGGGAUAGGUGAUCAUGUUGGCGGAAACGUCGACAGGCACGGAGGAACCAAUGCAAUGGGCCACAUACCCAACGGAAAUUUGAACAUGUAUGUAGGUAACAAUGGAAAUAUGUCGUACGCUCCACCUUAUGCCAACUCAAACGGGCCCAUUGGUCUUAGUUUGAGCGGCAGGGUGGGAGGGUCGAUAAACAGCUCUCUGGGUAACCACGGAAAUAGCAGUGGACAGGGUAGCAACUCCAUGCAUGGUCAGAUGAACCAUAUGAACAACGGGUUCCGAAACAGUAUUAUGAAAAGCAAUUGUAGUCAGAUGAACCGAAUGAUGACUAACGCACUCACUCCACACGUACCGAGCGCCGGGGUAAACACUGUCGCCAAUGGCACCGUAGGUAAUAACAUGCCUAAUUACGGGAUGCAUUUUAAUCAACAGAAGGGGAAUCUAGCGAAUGGGCAGGUUGGCAAUAAGAUGAGUUUCCACGGGAAUGGUCAGAUGGGAGUAGGAUGCGGAAUGCAAAGUGGAAUGAACAACGGAGGCAAUAACAGUUUUGUACACCCUUCGAACAACCACAUCGGAAACGUGCCGAAUAGCAUAUCUAGUUCCGUAAGCAUCAAUGCCAACAUUCACAUGGAAGGCUCAAAUACAAGUGGAAUCAAUCAUAUGAAGGGACUUGUGAAUCUACACCAGGGUGGCAACAUGAUUGGAACGGGUUCAUUGAAUAGCCAAAUGGGGGGUCUAUCGGGUGGCAAGUCGGGUGCGCACAUGAAUGGGCUUAUGCGUAGUGCGGGGAGCGGCCACAUGGCUAACCAGACGGGAGGAUCACUGAUGAGUCAGACGAGCGGAUCACUGAUGAGUCAAACCAGCGGGCACUCGAACAAGUCGCUCAUGAGUACUGUAAGCAUGAACAAGUUAAGUAGCAACAAUAAAGGCAAAGGCGGAAAUAGCAGUUUAAUCAUGAACAACCAUAUGAUGAACCAAAUGGGUAGCUACGUCAGUCCCAGCAUGGGUCGGAAUUCUAUUACAAAAAAUAUGAUUGGUGCAAAUGUGCCGGAUGGAAUGAACAAUGGGAAAAUGAAAGACAAUGUCGUGAACGGCAGUGUGUAUAGGAGCAACAGUAUUUUGAGAGAUCCCAUGAUGGGGAGCAACAAGGCUAGUCAAGGUGGCGUCGUGAAGAGCGAUAUGAUGAAAAAUGACAUGGUGAAAAAUCAGCUUAUGAAGAACCAAGUGAUGAAAAAUGAGAUGAUGAAGAAUGAGAUGAUGAAAAAUGAGAUGAUGAAAAAUGAGAUGAUGAAAAAUGAGAUGAUGAAAAAUGAGAUGAUGAAGAAUGAGAUGAUGAAAAAUGAGAUGAUGAAAAAUGAGAUGAUGAAAAAUGAGAUGAGGAAUAAUAACAGUUACAUGAUGAGCAUGGUAAACAACAACAUGGUUAACAUGAACAUGGGAGUGGGAGCUCGUGGGAUUUUUCCUCCCAUGAAUGAUCUCCCCAUCUGUACCAAUGGAAGUCCCAUGAAAUUUGUAGGCGAAAGAUAUGGAACGAAUAAAAUGAUCCCGAACAAUAGCGGAGGUGGAAACAAGGCUAACGUCGGCAUGAUGAUGAUGAUGAACAGAGACAUGAACGAAAUGAGUAACACCCCCGGAAUGAUCAGUUAUAUAAAUGGCAAUAAUUUUGUAAAUAAAAAUAUCAAAGGUAUUAAGAUGGAGAGUAACUACCCCUUUGAGCAGAUGAACAUGAGGAAUGAUCAACUAAACCAUGUACAGGUACGUCAGGGCAACAUGACAAAUAUGAGUACCAUGAGCAGCAUGCACAUGAAUACGACUCAUGCCAAAGUAUACCUGAACAAUGUGCAGAUAGAAAAUGAGAAAAUAAGCAACGGGAAUUUCCUUCUAGGAGAAGGUGAUCACAUAUAUCCAUAUGGAAGUGUCCCAAACGACCCGUGCGCAAGUAAUGUGAAUAAUCUGAAGGAGGACAUGAACGGAGAAUUGGAGAACGACAAUGUAAGUGCUCCUGCGAACGAUGUAGGAAGUGUGAGUAGCAAGAAAAACAACACAAUCUUGAAUAACAAGAAAAAAAAUAAAAACAAUAUAAGAAAUGGAAAGGAAGACGAAUUGAACAAGAGCCAGAAUUUAAGGAGUGUAAAAAUUAAUUGGAGUAAAUAUGAUAGCAUUUUUAAAAAAAUAAAAUUAGAAAAGGAUUAUGAAAAAUUUAUCAAUGUAGAUGAAGAAAAGAAAAACAUUUCAGAUGCAGAUACAGAAGAUAAAUCUGAUUGGGAUGAAAACCCAGAUCCAGGAUUUAAUGAUUUAUUAAAUAUUAAUUUUAGGUCGUUCAUUCACGAUUAUAAUGAUGUACUAAAUAAGUUAAACUCCAUCAAAGUGAAUGAUAAAAAUGCGUUCAAGAAAAAUGCCUACACGCAGUUGUACGAAGAAAUUUUCCUAAGCAUCGAACGUUUUUUUGAUAUUUCACAACUAAAACAUGAAAAUAAUUUUACACAUUCAAAUUUUUACAAGAAUACACUGGAUCAUGUGAUCGGAGCGGACAUGCUUUUGGCAAAUGGGGAUGGAAGCGAUUGUUACGAACGGGGGGGGAAUUCCAAGGGGGUGAUGGUAGUAACUCCUCCUGCAGCAACUGCAUCAGGCGUGGCCAAUAAGACCGGAAAGACGGAGUCAAAGGGAGGAGGAAACGUACAAUCUGACAAUCACGACAAGGGGGUUUAUGAUGGUGAAGAUGAAAUUAUGAACAAGGGAAAGACCAACUUCUUUCAAAGUGUUUCUCUUAGCGCAGGCAAUAAUACCUUAUUCGAAAUGUUAUUAAAAAAAAAAAAAGAAUUUGAAGAAAUUUGUUCGUUGCAUAAUUUCGACUCUGCGCUGACCAAUGGACAAGUGUCCCCAAGGAACGUGGCAGUUAAUGGCAAGAAUUUCCCAUCCAGUGAUUUGCACGACUCCGCUGCUAAUGAUAAGAUAGACGGAUCCAUGGUAGACUACAGAAACGGUAUGACCCACUUGGGAAGUAGCAACGCUCGGUACAUCUACGAGAGCAAUCCAGGGACAAACAAAAAGGGAGGAAGCGAAAUAAGAAACGCAGCAUAUCAAAACCAUUUUAUCGAAAAGAUACUAUCCAAGAGGUACAGAACUUAUUCCAUUAAUGAAUUUGUAAAUGUACAACUGAAUGAUAACCUGUUGGAGCUCAUCGAUGUGUACAAGCAGAACCUCUGUUUUAACAUCAGGAAGAUGUUGAAGAAAAAAAUCAAUCACCAGGUAAGAGGACCCUUCGACUGGUAUUAUGGCGCUAAGGGGAUGAGACAAAUCAGCAGAAAGACCCAUAAAGGGAAGAGAAGAGAGUUACUCAGGAGAAUGAAAAAAAAAAGGAGAAGGAUAAUGCGAAAGGAAAAGGGAUUACCCACGACAACGUUGGAGAUGGUUGGAAAUAUAAACAACAGCGAUAGGUUGUUCAGUGAAGAAGCAGGGUUAUUUUCUCCCAUGGGAGACACUCACUCCUUCACGGAAGCGAAGAAUGCUUGUGGAGAAAAUGUGGAGAAACCGCUUUUUUUCUUCUCUUCCGGAAAUAUUAGGAAAAAAAAAAAAAACGAUCAAAAGGGAAAUCAAAAAAGCGAUCAGGAGAAAUCUGCUAAUGUGGGAGAUAGUAUGCCUACAGAGGGAGAGAAGGAAAAUGUUGGAGAUUUACAUGAAGGGAAAAUGUGCAAGGAGGAGGAACAGAAGGGUGUUAGUGGAGAAGCGCAGGCGAAUGGAUUGAUACAUCCCAGUGAGGAGAUCGAUGAUGGAAUGAACAAUAUCGUGAGCAAGCUAUCCUUUGGACUGUUCCAAACGAAAUUGAAGUCUCCUCAGAAGAGCGAAGGGGAAAUGAAAAAUAAGAGCGAAAGUACAGUAGACCAUUGUACGAUCGAGAAACAUGGCGACAUUAGCCUAUACAUUGAGAAGAAAAUCACACAGAAAAAAGAAUCGCAAGGAAUUAGUGGAUGCUUCACUCAAACAUUAAAAAUGGAAUGCACGAAUCUCUCCAUUAGUAGAUUGCAAAAAAAAUUAUUCGAAGAAAGAAGGAAGAGGAAAUUGAACAAGAAAAAAAGAAUGAUGAAUUUGAAAUACAAAACAAAUGCAAUCAUCGAUUUUGGAGAUAAAAUCGUGUGGGUGUCAUUCGAAUUUAACCAUCUAGACACAUUGAAGAGUAUUAAAAAUAAUUUUUUCCACCUAUACUCAUUGAAACAAAUAGAGAAAAUGAAAAAGUCCGAGAUGAAUUUAGAAAAGUGCAUUACGAAUGAAAUGAAAAAAUAUAAAAAUGUAAAAAUUAGAUUUUAUAAAUUUCUUAGUUAUUAUGAUUUCGUUUUUUUAAAGAACAGAUUGAACUUCAUCCAAAUUAAAUAUAGGAAUGGGGUGGAACAGAUUCCAAAAGGAAUGACCUUCACAGAUAGUUCGUUUGCAAAGUUGGGUGAUACCAAGGGGGAUCAUCCAGGUGAGGAUACCACGGUAGGAGUGCUUGCUGAUGAUAGUGGCUGUGGAGCUAUUGUAAGUGACCACCCCUUGCGAAAUAUCAAGUGUGAGGCGGUAGAAAACAGAGAGAAGAAUGAUAGUGGUUCCCCUCAGGAUGGACCUAGUAAGGGGGAGACUCAACUGAGCCAUGUCAACACUAACGCCGAGGUCAUCACGAACGAUAAUCCUCAGGUAGGUGUAAUCUUUAAUGAAGAGGGGCUGAUAGGAGGAGGAAUGAAGAGUGGAAACAAUUCCCCUCAUUUGAAAAGCGAAGGGGAGGGCCAACCCAUAAACGGACAGGAAUUAUCGCCCUCGCAGGAGCAACAUUUUCUUCCUCCACAUGAUGCUUCCAUGCUUGGGAAAAGUGCGAACCUCAAGAGCGAAGUGAUAUACCCGUACCUUCCCUUCGCCAAAGAGAAAGAUAGGAACAUGAAUCAGCUUCUAAAUGAUGUGAAGAAUCUAUGCAUCGAAACCAACGAUCAUAUGAUUAGGAAGAAAAAGCUCAGAAAUGACAUAACACUUUUCCCACUGAUUGACAAGAAGAAGUUGAAUACCUAUAUCCAUUUCGAUUUGAAUGCAACUACGAAGAAGGAGGAAGAAUUUGUAAAAAAUGAAUCUACCAACAACCAUUCAGUUGACAAAGAAAUAAGCAUCCUUAACAAAUUUUUGAAUUCAAAUUUGAAACUUGAAAAAAUGGAAUUUGCAAAAAUUGGGACAGCAACAACAACAACAACAACAACAACAGGGACAGGUGUCUCUGCAGGUGGCCCGUCAAUGGGGCCAACAAUUGGAACGGGAAUAGUUAUAGAAAAUUAUGAAAAUGGAAGAAACAAUCACAUGCAUAGUGAGAAACAGAACGCAGCGAAUUCUGUUCUGAUCGAUAACUACGUUUGGUCGAAUAACCCCUGCCUUUUUAGCAUCUUCGAGAAAUAUUAUUUGCUACUAAAAAUGCAAAAGUAUAUUUUGCAAUAUAGGCACUUCUCAAAAAAUAGCAUUAAGAAGAAACUGAGUUCAGAAUCCAACUGUGAUGCUUAUUCCAGUUCGAAUUCUUUGAAAGGUUCCUCUUGUGGGAACGCUAGAGGAAGAAGGAGAUAUGGGAAAGGGGGUAAGGGUACAAGGAGGGGUGGAGGAUGCAAAUUCCCUUCAAAAGGUGGAAGGUGUGGAGUGGCUGCGAUGACAGCAUGUGCUAAUGAUUCGAUCCCCAUGGAUGAUACGGUUGGUGUGAAGCGGAGAAGAAGGACUGGAGUAGCUAGGAGCCAGCCAUGUGAAGAUUUAAACGUCCCGAUGGGUACCGCGCAAACGGUGUGUACAAACAAUGGUAUGAAGAACGAGUAUGGUUUUAUCAGCGGAGAAAAAAAUGAACAGAUGGGAGAAAGCGCAUUUGUGAAGGUGGAACCGGAUGGCAUACCUACAUGUGUGAGUUCGAUUCAGAAUGAAGGGGGUAACCUACAAGAGAUGAAUCUGCAAAGAGAUAGCACACACAUUGGGAAUGGGACCACUGACAGUGUAGAAGUGCCUUCCGAGCAGAUUGGCCCAUUUUACCCAGAAAUGAAGAAUGAAUUGAAGGAAGAGGCGAAUGGAACAAUAAGGAGCGCCUUUACCGAUGAGAUCAAUGUUUCAAAUGGAGGAGCCACCAUGCAAGAUGUAUGCAUGAAGAACGAACCAAGUUUCAUUCGGACCUGCGGAAGUAUCAGGAACUCAGACAAAAAAAACAUGAUCCAAAAAAGUGUGCCGAAGAGGGAGGUAAACUUCCUGAAGGAAGAAACUGAUAGAAACGCAGAGAGGGAUUCAGAUGAACAGGCCGAAGUGGACACAGAACUUGAUAUGAAUAACGGAAAUGAAAAGAAAAAAAGAGGAAGGAAGAAGGGGAAAAAGAGAGGUAGGAAAAGAGGAGUAAAAAAUAAAUACAAAUUAGAAGAAGAUAGAAUGACAGAAGGGGAAAGUAACAGAACAAUUUGGAAGAAGAAAGAAAACGGAGAAUGUGAAAAGUAUCAAUUGAAGGACAGUAGAAGAUUGCCAGAUUUUACAAACAGCGAAGAAAUGUUGGAUGAAAUAGAUAAAGAAAUUCUAUCUAACGAUAUUAUACCAAUUGAUAAGGAUAUCAUAAUAGAUCUGUUAUGUGAAGAGGAAAAAUUAAUAGAAAGCUACAUUAAAAACUCAAAAUUUGUAGACAAAAAUUUAAUUUGUUUUUUGAUAUAUCUUAAUACGGUUCAGAAGAGGCUCAGUUGCAUCUCAAAUAAAUUGUUGAAGAAGGUCAUCAAGGAAAACAAAAUGCCACCAAAGAUCAGUGAAAAUGUAAGUCGAAGUGAUGAAAUAACUUAUAGAUAUCUUAUGUUUGAGAGAUGGAACCAAUUAAGAUACUCUCUUUUUUACAACAUCAACUAUGUACGUACUAGUAGCAGGUUGAAGCUAAAUGAACGUAUCCAAUCCGAUGGAUACAAAAAUGUAAAUAUACAAACUAUUUUUGAUUUACACAAAUUUUCUGGAAAAUAUAAGAAACAGAAAUUACCUCCAUUUGAGUAUACCAUCUUUCUGAAGUAUAAAAUUCACAGGCACACUAAGUCAUCUAUAUUUGGAGAGGAUGGAGAGUGCCCCCUAACUGCUUGUCGUACAAACAAAGAAGGGGUGGAAGAAAAGGAAGGUGAAGAAGCGCUAUUUAUAAAUAAUGAAGAAAAUUUUUGCGGGUUUUCAAACAAUACCGAUUUGAAUAUAACUCCAGUACUAUCCUACUGUUGUAUCUGUUUUAACGAUGACUAUAAUAGUACGCAGAUCAGUGAACAAGGAGAUACUGCACAGAACGUGUCUAGGAACAAUUCCAUUUCCACCCCAGCCGCUGAUGUGAAGAAUGAGAAGAUGGAUAAGGUGGAGCAGGGACAGGGCAGAAGUAGAUCAAUCUGUAAGAAAGAGGAAGUGAUCCCUGGCUCACUAGAACAAAGCGGGGGGGGUGAUAAGGGCGCUGAGGAAGCGAUCCCCGCAGGGGAAGGUACUGAGGGGAACGAAGGCGCCGCACAGAUUAGCAACCCUGGCGUUGCGUGCGAGAAAAAAAUUAACAGUGUGUGUAGCGGUACAGAGAUUGCUAUCAUCGAGAAGAAUAUCAAGAGCAACCGUAAUCUGAUGAUGCGCUGUGCAAGGUGCUACAUGCAUGUACACAAGUUCUGCUACAUUUCUACGAAAAAAACGGAGGAAACUAGUUCUACGUAUGCACAGGCAACUUCUUCCAUCGGUUCCAAUGAAUGGCUCUGUCAGAGAUGUGAGUUUGAAAAGAAAACCCUCGGCACCAAUUACCUCUACCUCUUUGACAACCACAUCAAGUGUUAUAUAUGCAUAGAAAGAGGAGGGGCCUUUGUCCAACUUAGGAGUGAUAUUUUCGUGCACACAUUUUGCGCUAUGUUCUGUGUUCCAGAUUUGUUGGUCAACGCAAAUGUGAAUUUAGAAAAUCUGGAGGAGUUCCUCAAACUUAAUAAUUUGUCCUUGACGCAGGAGAUUUUGUCAUCUUUAGAGAAGAAGAGACGAAAGCUUCUGAUGAGGAGAACCCACACAAGGGGGAAGAUGUUGGCGGAAGGUUUAGAAGAGGGUGGACUCUCCUACAUAGGCGAGAGUAGCAACGUGGUUGAUGCUGGUAACGAAUCGCUAUCCCAUCCGAGUCUCGUUAAUUUACCCGCGAAUACUCCCCCACAUGAAGUAAACUGCACAGAAGAGAAGGCAUCAGAUUUUGUAAAUUUGGGGGAGGAUGAAGACGCGAAGGAUGGAAAAGGGAAUUCUCUGUCGAGGCAUUCUAAGGAAAACACGCUUACCGGAACACCUGACCGUGGAGUGUCCAACCCCGAGGUGGACAUGGAACAUCGGUACAAAGUCCAAUCCGUAAAAUCAAUUUUUUCGAAGAAUUACAUGUCUAAUACGAAACAAAGUGUUAAAAAAAAUGUGGAUACGACGACUACUGGUGGCGAGGUUGGUGAGCUCUUGUCGUUUGAGAAGAAGGAGGAUAAGAAGAAGAGGGGAAGUGAAAACGUUAGCCAGAUUGAGAAUGUAAAAAAAAAAAAGAAAAAAACUGCAACGGGGAAUAUGAUUAACGAGGUGAAUGCUACUUUGCUUUCCGAGCAAUAUGGGAUGAACGAUGGGGCCAAGGAUGGUAUCCUCGGUGAGGAUAAGGGGGAGAACAAUAAUCGUGUGCAUUUCCUUGAAGGUGAUGACUCCACCAAAAGCGGUUUUGAUCAUAGUAAGGAUACAUAUCUAUUGGAAGGAAAAAAGGACCAUGUGCGAAUACAAUCUGGGGAGAGUUACCCACAAGAUGGAUACUCCUCUUCCGACUCGUCGUGCUCCACUCUGACAUCGUCAUCUUUUCGAUCCGACUCUGCAUUUUUUCAUCUCCAUAAUGAUACUAAUACAGAGAAGGAUCAUCACGAUGGGGAGACCACAUUAAAAAACACAUCGGUCAUAAGGCAGAAGGAGAAGAAUCUCUCGUCAAAAUUGUUAUCAUGCAGCCCGUACCUACUGAACGGAUACGGACAGGAGAAGGUGCGAUGCGACGUUUGUUUAAAGAGCAAAGGAUUAUUUAUGAAAUGUGAAAAUAUCAAAUGUGAAAAAUACGUCCACCCCCUAUGUGCAUACAUGUGUGGGUUGUACAUCAAGUGCAAAAACUCAAAUAAAAAAUUUUUAAAAUUCCAAAACAAAAUUGAUUAUUGCUUUCCCCGUAUAUUUUUCUUCAUCAAGUGUAUUUUCCAUUCUAUAAAAAAGUGUGGCGUUAUUAGGAUUUACGAUGAGAUCAUCAAGAGAAGGACCAAGUACCUCAACCGGGAUUUGUAUCCAAGUAUAUAUGAAAGUAACAAAAAGGAGAGGAAGCAGAAAAAUACUGUGAAAUACAAAAUUAGAAACAGUGGUGGUAAUAUUAAAAAAGGAGGAACUAUCACAGGGGGGGUUGGAAGUGGACCAACAGCGAUUGCAGCAGGGGGAGUAGCGACUGGGGGAGGAACCGGAGAUGUAUAUGAAGUUUUAGCUUUCAACUUUAAUUAUCUGGAUUCCUUUCAAUAUAAUUUUUUCCUCCUUCCAUCUAUUGAUUAUAUAAAGAAUGAUAUUUGUCUCGUUUGCUUUACAUCCUACAAGAAGAAGAAAUUGUUGUACUGUAAGUAUUGCAACAUGUGUGUGCAUAAGAGUUGCUAUCUUGUCGACUCAUCCCAGCUGCAAUACCACUUCUAUCGAAAGAGUAAAAGGGCGCACACCCUUUUAAUCCACACCAAGCAACAGAAGGUGAAGAAUUUGAUAGGGAAAUUGAAGGAGAAGAAGGAAGCUCUUCUCAACAUUUUGCUUGAACAGAAUAGACACUACGCUUGUGAUGAGAUAUCCCCAGGAGGAGUAGUCAUUGCAGAUGUGAGGAAGGAGGACCUAACCUAUGGGAAGAUUGUCACCCAUGAAGGGAUAGGUGGUCCUCUUCCACAAGCAGAUAGAAGGGGUGAUCAUCCCAUCGGAUUAAAAUGUGGGCAUGUGGAGGAGCAAUUUCCGGAAGGGAAUCAUUAUCCCCCCGGAGAAAAUUCGCAAAAUGUAGAUCUCCUCCCUGUUGGCAAUCCUACUAUCAUUCCUGAAGGAGGCGAAUCAACUUGUGUAGCACAAAGUGAAGACAUCUCCGCCAUGUUUGCAGGCGCCUCAGGUGAUGGAUCAGGGGAUAAUAAGGAGGAACCCGCACAGUUGGAAAAUGUAAUUAGUACGGAGGAAGAAAUAGAAAAGUCGAAAGAAUUCAAGGAGUUAAUGCAGAAGGAAAUUAUGAACUAUUUGUAUUCCCCUGAAUAUUUCGAAAGUGCAGAAAUUAUAAAAAAUUUGAAGGAGUUUAAAAAGAAGCAAAAGUUUCUGCACCUAAGUGAAAAUGGCAAGUUCAGGUGCGAAGAGGACAAGUGCCUGACCGACUUGGAUGAUAUUCAAGAGAGGAAAUUAUUUGUGUGCGAUUUGUGUGCCAAUAAUUACAGCCAUGAAAAUGUCAAUUGCAUACUCUGCAGCAGAAGGGGAGGUGCCAUCAAAUUAAUCAGAAUGAAUGAUAAUAACAGGGUAGACAAAAAUAAAAAUAAAAAAAACGCCUUUUUCAAAGGAGAAAAAGAUUUUGUAUUUGUACACAUGCAAUGUGCCCUGUAUGCUCCCCAAAUUAUUAUACAAGACAUUGCGGAAGAAUAUUACCAGAUUUUUAAUUACGAUAAUUUUUCCAUGCAAGAUUGUGAUGAGGUAUCACAGAUGAAGGAGAAGGACUUCAAGUCAGAUACAGAAGUUUGUGUUUUGGAUAGAGAAUGUGAUUAUGAUGAGAAACAGAGUUUGCUGGGCGAGUUUCUUUAUCGCCAUGAAGCGGGGGUUAGUGUGAACAAGGGCACGCACAACCGUGGGGUCGAUACGAGGAAGAACAUUGCUAGUUCUGCGUGCACACUGACAAAUGCGCCUGCAACUGUAGCGACCAGUGUAACGACCAAUGUAGUGGCCACUGCACAAGUAAGCGGAGCUCUUGUCGUUCCGAACCCAGUCGCCCUGGUCCCCGCGGCGCUUACGGAUCCACAAGGAAUAGCUGCAGAAAGGGGCUCUCGUCCGGAGAGAAUCACCCAAAUGAAGAAAGAAGCGAACGGAACAAGUUCUUUGGUAGGAGAACUUGUACCACCAAUUAGCUGUAGUGUCAGUCAGCCAGACGGGAUUGGUAACCCUGUUGAAGGAGAAGGCGACGCCAAGGAAAGAACGAAUGGAAUGAAGAUGUUAUCACAAAAUACAGAGCAGUGUGUCGUCCAUUCGGUUAAGAAGGAGGAGAUGGAACAACCAAUCGAGGCGCAAAACCUAAUGAAUGUGGCAGAAAAUCAAGGCGCACUCCACAGCCCCAACGGUAGCACGAAGAGUAACAUAAUUCAGAACAAAAUAGAUAAGGACGGAAGAAAAGUUAAGAAAGGGAAAGAAAUAUUAUCGUACACUAAAUCCAGCAGCAUUAUUGAAGAGACAAAGAAAAGACUAAUGGUAACGUCGUGCACGGAGGUAGGAUUAUCAAACAAGAAAUCAAGCAACAUCUACUAUAAUAAUUUCAACAGAAAAAAUAAUUACAAAAUAAUUAUUAAAGAUAAAUUAAAGAAACACCUAAAUAGAAAUGUAUGUUAUAUUUGUAACAUGACAUAUGGGUAUACACAGAAAUGCGUAGAAAAUAAUUGCAACCAUUAUUUUCAUAUAUCCUGUGCAAGAAUACAUAAACUUUUUUUUGAAUUCGAUUAUACCUUUUUUAAAAUUUAUCCAAAUGUCACCAGUAUGCAAAUUUCAAAAUUACCUAAUGGUUGCGCGGGGGGCAUCAUCUUUUGUGAGACACACUCCAAGAUCAGGAGGAAAGUCAAUCCAUCCAUUAAAUUAUUUUCCAAGGUAAGAUCCUUUUUAGAACUGGCACGGAUAAUUGUAGGACAAAUGAAGAAAAGGGAAGAAAUUAAAAAUGCCUGGAUAAAGGAGAACCACAGGAAUGACAUUACCUCUCUUGAGCAUGGGGAAAAGGAGGAGAUAAAUAUUCCUGAAGGUGUUGAGGACCCCGAGGAGGUAGACGUCGUGGACAAUUCCCUUUCCAUUACGGAGGAUGAUAAUGAUGGCAACGAUAGAGACAAUGCUGACCUUUCCGAUGUUGACGAGGAGGACGAUGAUUAUUUGUCCGGAGAGGAGGAGGAGGAGGAGGAAGAAGACCAAUGCAGCAUGCGGAGUGGAAGCGAGAAGGGGGUGGAAGGGCGUGUCUUAUAUGCGCAGCAGACUGAACAAGGAGAGGACGGAGAAAACACGACUUCCCUUCCAAUGCACAGUAACCAUUUUGAUGAUGAUGGUACUGGGGGUGAUUAUCGAACCGGACUGCCGAGUGAUGCCUUGGGGAUGAUGCAUGACAGUGCCCCCUGCAGCAGUGACAAAAGUGGUAAGCGUAGCAAUUGUAGUAGUAGAAGUGGUCGAGGCCGUCGGAGCAAUAAUACUAAGGAAGGAGACGAGAACCCCACACCAAAGCUCCAACACGGGGGGGAAGAAGACAUCCUACCCAUGGAGGACCAACUCCAAAUCAAGGGCAUCGCUGAUGAGAAGGAUAACCUUCAUGAUGACCAUAUGUUUAGUGUGCCAUGUGAGUCUGUAGAAGGACCAAAUGGAGAGAAGAGGGGUGAAGCAAAUGGGAGCACGCAGAGGAAUGAGCCCUUCUUGGCCGAAGAAAUGGAAGAUCCCCGCGAAGAAGGCGUAGUGGACAAAGCGAGCAGUGAUAAGGAUGGUGAUUACGUGCCGGAGGACGAAGCCGAGGAUAUUUAG